UAGCACAUUUUGCUCUAGUUUUUCAAUGAAUAUCUCAUCAUCGAGUCUCAACCAAUUUGUGGCACCCACAAAAACGAAGUGUCUGGAAGAUAACUACUUUCAAAGUAAGUGAUGCACAAUUAAAUAGCAAAAUAACACUUUCAAACCAGGAACCAAAAAUUUUCAAAUGACGGUAGAAAUAUUCAUAACUUCAGCCUCCCAGGUGUUUUAGACUUCAACUCCCAGAAAUCCCAACCAGCUUAUUGGCUGUUAGGAAUUGUGGGAGCUGAAAUCCAAAAUACCUGGAGAGCCAAAGUUUGCCCACGGCUACACUAGAGCCUGGUUAAUUGAAGCAAAGUAUCUCUUUUCCAGGAGGGUUGAUGGGUACCUGAGAAAAUACUGCCUGUUGGCAGUUCUGUGCUUAUAAUCCAGUACCAUACAGGGCUUUCAAAGAGUGUAGGAUUGUUAGGAAUAGGAGUGAGAUACCUUUUCCUUGCCCUUGUAUUGUUUCUCACCUCCAUAUUAUAAUGUGUGCUUCUUUGCUGUUGCAAAAAGGGGAAGAAAUGUUCUCGGGUUUUUUGGGCUUUUUUGUUUGUUUUGCUCUUGCAACUGCAAUGGAGUUCUGGUGACUCCAUGAACCUGGAGAUACGUUCAUAUCUCCUGGAUUUGAAGGAAUUGAACAAGAGUGGCAAACUCUCUUAUGAUCGCAUCUGAGCAUCCUUUUAUGAUCAAGCACCAGAUUUAAAGUGGGAGGAAAUGGCUGAGAUAAAUUAACUUGUGUUUGCUGUCAGGUGCCCAAGCUUUUCAGUAUUAGAAGACAUUGAGAAAACAGAAUCCACAGACCCCAUUGAAGGAAAGUAUUUUAAAAAAUGUCUACAGGAUACCAUGUUGUACCAUCCAACCAAGUUUCCAGAUACUUGGUCUUCCUUCUGUUUAAUUUUUUAUGGAUUACGUAUAUGGAAUUCACACACAUUCUGCUUGGCCAUUCUAGUGGGAUCUAAAUCCGAUCUGCUUCCUCUCUUGAAAUGAAUGAGGAAGAAGUUCAAAGAGGAGUUUAAAGUUCUGUACUCCUAUACAAAUUUGUGCACCUAGUAUGGAUCUUGAUUUGACGCUAAGAUACAAACCUUUAACAAAUUUAAUGAUCCUCAGGGGAUUUAUUAAGAGAUCAACCAUGUAAGGUUACUAGAAAGUUGCUUAUUAAUAUAGCAAUAUGGCUAGGACUCAGUAAAGUGCAGCAAAUAUAAUCAAAUAUCAGAAAUGUGCAGUGAAUUAAGAAGUUGGGUGUAUAUUAUAGAAAACCAACAAUAAACUUGCAUUGAGCUGUUUUUAGCCAGUUAGCGAAACGUGAGCUCGGUCUUCCCAUUUAUACCUGAGAAAUACAGAAACAAAUGUUUAUAUUCAGAAAAGUUAGAUUCUGUUGUUGUAAAUUGGAAAUAGAAUUUGAUAAUGUAUUUUUUUCUUCUGAGGAUAAAUUUUCACAACAGAUAGGCAGUUGUUAGCGAUGUGUGCCACCUCCACUUAUCACCUCGCAGUGAUGAUCUUCAGGAAUUCCAGAAGGAAGGCAGAAGGAGUAUUUUUCCCCCUCAAAAAAUAACUUGGUGGUGCUCUUAAGUGAAUACCUCCUUUAUCCACACUCAGGCGAUAAGAUUGACAGCUUAGCUCAUAUUUCUGCGCUAAUCUAUGUCAAAUGUGAUAUUGAAAAAUUGCCCUCCUAGUACAAAUAAAAUAUAGCAUUUGAGUCACUGUGGUGAUCAAAUCUGGUUCUGUUCUUUGUGGAUAUCACAGAAGAAAUGGAUUGCUUGGCUAUUGUGGCUAGACGUAUGUCCAUUUGGAAACAAGGACUAAAAUUUUUGUGGAUGACGCCUAAACUCAUCUUUGUUUUAUGUAAACCUGGACUUUUUAGUCUGAUAAUUAGAUUCUUGAUCACCAUUUUCUGCUCCUGUUGAAGGAACACAAUGAAUGAUUUCUGUCUAAAGAUUUUAUCUGAUAUCGAGUCUAUGGAAGCACUUACAAGUACUCUGAUUUUUAGGUCAACCUUUAAUAUUGUGAGAAAAUGAAAAGAAAAGCACCCUGUUUUUAGAGAGUGGAAAAUCCGUCAACAAUCCUGAUGACAUUCUGUCUCUUUCCCUCCCUCCCUCUCUCUCCGAAUUUCAUAGUUUUAAAAGUAUGCAAUUAAUAGAAGGAUUUUUUUUCACUCCAGAUGUGGCUCUACUAUAAUAGAGUCUUACAAAAGCUUCAGAAGGGAGAGAGAGGGAGAGGAGAAAAAAAUAGCUUGGAACGAAUGAGAACCAAAUCAAGAGCACACCUGGGUUUGACAAAGAUUGCAUUUACUGACUGCUGUGCUAUCACAUUACAGAGAGAGCCCAAGUCUUUGGGAGCAGCUGUAGAGAAAGGGUUGGCAAAUCUGCAUGCAAAUAGCAGUGCAUUGUUAACUUAAUCAGAUGCCUAGAAAAAGAUGUGCCAGACCAUGAGGGUGAUCUAUAAACAAGCAGAGAGUCCAGAGCGACUGACUGGGAGGGUGAGGCUGAGCCUUUUUUCAAAAAGGGAUGGAGGAAGCGAGUUUGUGCCUUGGUGUUUCUUCAGCGGUGCCAGAAGCUGAUGUCCACCUCAACAGCUCCAUACUUAAUGGCCAGUACUCAAUGAGCCAGAAGUUACACCAGAUAACGUCCCAGCUCAGCCAUGCAUUUCCUGAGUUACAGAACAGGCAGAACCCGGAGGAGAAGGCAUCCACACUCUUAGAAGACAAGAGCCUUGCGUCCAUAGCAAAUCAGCCCAUCAGCAGUCAGAUGGCUCUGCUCGCCAAUCAGCUUAACAGAGAGGUUGACACCACUUUGAAUGGGAGAGUAGACCUGCAGCAGUUCUUAAAUGGACAGAACCUAGGCAUUAUGUCCCAGAUGAGUGAUAUAGAGGAUGAUGCCAGGAAGAACAGAAAAUACCCAUGUCCCUUGUGUGGGAAACGUUUUCGCUUCAACAGCAUCCUCUCGCUCCAUAUGCGCACCCAUACAGGAGAGAAACCGUUCAAGUGCCCCUAUUGCGACCACAGAGCAGCUCAGAAGGGAAAUUUGAAGAUCCACCUGCGCACUCACAAACUGGGCAACCUUGGCAAAGGACGCGGGAGGGUUCGAGAAGAAAACAGGCUUUUGCACGAGCUGGAAGAGAGGGCGAUACUGAGGGACAAACAGAUGAAAAGCAGCCUUUUGCAGCCACGAUCUGAUAACAAAUCACACCCACAUUCCCAACCUAUGCCUCUUGCUAACUGCAAUUUGCCUGUGCCCACUAACCACAGCACCCCGGAUAUCUCCAACCCUGUUCCCUCUCCAAAACCUGCCAGUGUUCAGGAAGAAGUAGUAGCUACAGCUGCUGGAUUUAGGUGCACUUUCUGCAAAGGAAAAUUUAAGAAACGGGAAGAGUUAGACAGGCACAUUCGGAUCCUUCACAAGCCUUACAAGUGUACUUUGUGUGAUUUUGCAGCUUCCCAGGAGGAGGAGCUAAUCAGUCAUGUGGAGAAAGCUCACAUAACUGCGGAGUCGGCCCAAGGGCAGGGCUCCAAUGGAAAUGGAGAGCAGGCUGCCAAUGAGUUUCGAUGUGAAGUGUGUGGCCAGGUCUUUAGCCAAGCAUGGUUCCUUAAAGGCCACAUGAGGAAACACAAGGAUUCCUUUGAACACUGCUGCCAGAUUUGUGGGAGACGCUUCAAAGAGCCUUGGUUCCUCAAGAACCACAUGAAGGUCCAUCUCAACAAAUUAUCUGUGAAAAACAAGUCUCCCAAUGACUCUGAAGUCCCUGUGUCGAUCGGCAGCAUGUCACAGGAGGCUCACGCCAACCUGUACUCCAGAUACUUGUCCUGUCUGCAAAGUGGUUUUCUUCCUCCUGACAAAGCAGGUCUAAGUGAACAGAACCAGACUUACAGCAAAGGAGAUUUGCCCAUGAAAGAGAGAGAAGUUCUGGGCAAGCUUCUGUCCCCUAUUGCUGGCAUUGGCCACGGCCUUACUGAAGGCGACAAACAUUCAUUAUUGGGCUGUCUUAACCUCGUGCCUCCUCUUAAAUCCAGCUGUAUAGAAAGGCUACAAGCUGCAGCCAAAGCUGCUGAGAUGGACCCUGUAAACAGUUAUCAAGCUUGGCAGCUAAUGGCAAGAGGAAUGGCCAUGGAACAUGGUUUUUUGACUAAAGAGCAUCAGAUACAGCGAAGCCAUGAAGAUACUUUGGCAAACGCUGGAGUUAUGUUUGAUAAGGAGAAACGGGAGUAUGUGUUAGUAGGAGCAGAUGGCUCCAAGCAGAAAAUGCCUGCUGAUUUGGUUCACAGCACUAAAAUGGGCAAUCAGAGAGACUUGUCAAACAAACUAGACCCUUUGGAAGGCAGUAGAGAUUUUCUGUCUCACGGUAUGAACCACGGGCUUGAUUUUAACAUGCAGAGUCAUAGCAAUGUGAAAGAGAAGCCAACUGAAUGUCCUGACUGUGGCAGGGUUUUUAGAACAUACCACCAAGUUGUGGUUCACUCCAGAGUCCACAAAAGAGACAGAAAGGCAGAAGACGAGAUUAUUCAGGCAAGCAUUGAAGAGAGACGUGGGUCCGGGAGUGACCAGGAAUCUCAAUCAGUCAGUAGGUCAACAACCCCAGGAUCCUCCAAUAUUACUGAGGAGAGUGGGAUGGGUGGAGGCCUCUCGCAGACAGGAAGUGCCCAAGAAGACAGCCCACAUCCUUCUUCACCUUCUUCUUCAGACGUCGGAGAUGAAGUUGGGAGAUCUGCCGGAAUCCAGCAGCCAGCUUUGCUGAGAGACAGGAGUCUCGGGUCUGCGAUGAAAGACUGCCCCUACUGCGGGAAAACUUUCAGGACAUCCCAUCACUUAAAGGUUCACUUGAGGAUACACACAGGUGAAAAACCUUACAAAUGUCCCCACUGUGAUUAUGCCGGUACUCAAUCUGCGUCACUAAAAUAUCAUUUGGAACGACACCACCGGGAACGGCAGAAUGGAGCUGGACCGCUUUCUGGUCAGUCUCAAAGUCAAGACCACAAAGAAGAAACAUUGAAUAAAGGAUCGAUGUUUAUUAGACCUGAAGUUCUUAGAGGGGCUUUCAAAAGUCUUCCUGGUAUUGAUUUCCGGAGUGGCAUGGGAUCUCAGCAGUGGUCACCAGGAAUGCUUUCCUCAGGAGAACAUCCAGGCCAUUCAGUUGGCAUGUCUUCAGAUGUUUCUCCUGACAAUAUGAAAAGUUCUGACUUAUCUUCCAAAGGGACACGCUUUUCUGAACUGGGCCGAGCAUAUCAUAGCAUGGUUGGAAAUGGGGUGAAUUUUCAAGGGUCAUUGCAGGCUUUUAUGGACAAUUUUGUGCUCAGUUCCUUGAAGAAAGAAAAAGAAAUGAAGGACAAAGCUCUGUCUGAUUGCCUUCCCACAAAGCCUCUAGGUUCAGAGAGUGGUGAGGAGAAAGUCUCCGGCAAGGCAAGAAAAACAGAAAAAUCACAAUAUGAACCUCUUGAUCUUUCUGUAAGACCAGAUGCAACUAGUCUUCCAGGUUCAUCAGUUACAGUCCAAGACAAUAUUGCUUGGCAUGGUUGCUUGUUUUGUUCUUUCACAACAUCAUCAAUGGAGUUAAUGGCUCUUCAUCUCCAAGCUAAUCAUUUAGGCAAAGCCAAGCGUAAAGAUGGUGUUUUAGGGUUAAUUCGAAAUGGUAAAGACCAAUCUAGAGAGGCCAUUGCUUCAGCAAAUAAAGCCAGCUUGCUUCCAACUUCCAUACAAUCCAACAAAGAUGCUGCAGUUACCAAUUUGAUUGGUCAGAUUGACCCGGCUUCUGAAAGAAUGAAUCAAGGAUCCAAGGAGUCACCAGGAGAACAAAAGAAUACUUCUUGGUCUGGUCACAUGGAUUCUACUUUUUAUAAUUUUGCAGCAGACUUCUAUAAGCAAUUUGGUGUUUAUUCUGGAGUUGUAGGAGCACAUAAUUCUUUCACCACUAGUGAAACUGAGAUCAAAACACCAUCUGAAGAUGAUUCCACCAUGUUGCUUUCUGACUCUGUAAAUAAAAGUGCUACUGAUGACCUGUCAGAUAUAGCUUCGUCUGAAGACAUGGAGUCAUCCAAGGAAGAAACCAUUGAUGAUGAAGACAUUGAGACAGAAUCUGAUCUCAUGAACAAACCAUUGUCCAGUCUGAACAAAGACAGCGCAGAGAGAGGGGACAGCAUACAAGGUGCUGCUUCAAAAGCAUCACAAGGACUAAUAUCACCAUUGCCACUUUCUGAAAAGCAAUGGCACAGCCAGAGUCUGCUUCCUCCUCAUGAAGCUGCACAAAGUGCAAUGAAACCUGAACAAGCUCAAAGUCCACAUGUCCUAGAGAAGCAAGUAAACAUGUUGUCGGUCCUAAGAGCCUACAGCUCUGAUGGCUUAGCAGCCUUUAAUGGACUUGCAAGUAGCACAGGAAGUAGUGGAUGUAUCAAGAGACCUGACUUGUGUGGUCACCGGCCUUUCCAGUGCAGAUACUGCCCCUACAGUGCCUCUCAGAAGGGAAAUCUGAAGACCCACGUUCUCUGUGUCCAUCGCAUGCCUUUUGACAACAGUCAGUAUCCAGACCGCAGGUUCAAGCGCUCCAGAGUUGACUCCGAGGCUUCUGGGAAUUUCGAGGAACCUGCAGCUGUCAAACCUGGGAGCUCAGCAGAGUUAACAGAGGAGGGCAGCAAGGCCCAAGAGUAAAGCCGCCGAACAAAUCAAUCUGUAUAUUGCAAUAUUAUUUCACACUGUUUUUAGAUAUGCAUUUGGGCAGCAGCGGGUUUGUUUAACUUUCUUGCCGAAAACAAAUGGUGUGCAAAUUCCCAGAAGCAUACAGGAGGUUUAAGACAUUAAAGAUAUAUAGAGAUAGAGAUAUAUAGAUAUUAAAAAGGAAAAAAGGAAAAAAAAUAACCCCAGCCCUUGAAAAUGGCUGUUAAACUGUUACCUGGCAACAAGUACUUCCAAACAAUGUAGGUGGGGAUAAAUCAAGUGGGUGUUUUCCCCCACAAGAAAACGUGAGGAGGUUGUAAAAAAAUUUUUUUUGAAAAAAAAUAUAAAGAGGACAUUUCCAGUAUGAAAGUGAUGUUUGUCCAGAAAUAAAACUCUGACCUGACUUUUAAAAAGAAAAGGAAAAAAACCACAGAAUUGAUACCAUCUUAUUUGAUUUAAUGUUGCCUUGAAGAUGGUGGAAAAGGAAAGAGGGGGUGUCUCUGUGUUUUCACUGCCGAAAACACCUUUUUAAUAUGAUACCGACCGCUGUCAUUUGCCUAGCAUAGUAAUGAGACGUGUUGGUGCCAGUCAGACUGGAGCUGUCAUUGCAGCGAAAAUCAAUUCCACUGCACUAUAGGAGAAAUGUUAGACGGCCCAUAAGCUACGGUCAGCGCUGACCUAUAUUGAAAAGGAUCGUGUUAUUGCAUUUUAAUUUUUAAAAGAUAUAUAGAGAUAUAUAGAGAUAUAUAGAGACACAUGCGUACACACAGAGAGAGACGGCCAAAUGACUUAAGGCUUAGAAGAAAGAACUUCUGCAGUCCAAAUGAGAGAAUGCGGAUUUAUGGUAUGAAGUCUUUUUGGGGGUGGGUUCGGUUUGUUUGGUUUGGUUAGUUCAACCUGCAGUAUUGAGGAGAAAGCUCUCCUCCUGUUUUGUUCCUUUUUAACACAGUAGCUUGCUGCAGGGAGAUUUAGGCAUAUGUAUUGCAAAGCAUACUGGAUAGGGUCACCAAUGAGCCUUAUAUGUAGAGGUGAUAUUGGUGCAAAAAAAGACAGAAAAGAUAUUAUUCAAUAGGACGUUUGUUUCUAUUCUGUUCUUUAAAAAAGAAAACUUGAAUGAAGGAUUCCCCAGUCAAGGUUAGUUUUCAUUUAUUAAGAGUGUUUUUUAAAAGUGUUGCAGACAUAGUGCAGGAGGCCUUUUGUUUUAAACUGAAGCAACAGCUUUUUUCGAGCAAUUUGAUCUAAACUACAAAUCCAGACAUCCUGCUCUUUGUCUCUAGUGAAGCAAGAUGAAGAACAAUAAAAAUGGAAAAAAAUAGUGUUAGUUAAUAUUUCUUUGGGUUGAUGUUUUGUAAGGAAAAAAAGUGUGUUCUAUAUUUUUUCAGAUAUUAGCUUUUCUACUAAUUGGCCCCUCCAAAUUUGAUCUGUGGCUUCCCACCCAAGACGCUUUGGAGAGAUGGUAAUGAAAUACAUAACUGAGACAAAAGAAAAUUCAAAAAAGAAAAGGAGAGGAACGGAAGGAGAGAAGGCAGAGCAAAGUAAGAACGCCACUUAAUGGUUCUUACACUCACUUAAAUGGUGAAAGAUUUUCAGCUUUUUCUAGCCCUUCCUUUACGAUACGUGGAAUCGGCGCUGUUUAUGAUGAUAGGGAAGGAAGAACCCCUUCUAACAAAACGAUUCAGAUUCUGAAAAUAAAAUAGAAGAUAGAUAUGAAAAGUCAAUAUGUCUUUACAGGCUGGGAGCACAGAGUAAAAAACCCCAGGGCCUUAAAAACUUCAGCUCUGCCUGCAACAGUUUCACAAAAGCAAAACAAAACAAAACAAAACACUCUAAUCUGCAAUCAAUGUAAAUAAAAUUCAUAGCGCUAUCCUGAGACUGGAAGAAAAAAAAUGAAACAGAAGAAGAAAGGAAAGGAUUCUCAGGCUAAUAAGGAAUAUGGUUUGCUUACGCUGUCAGAAAAAGUAGAAACCAUUACGGUACCACCAAAUUUUCAGUGAAACUGAGGUCACCGCGAAACUUGGAUGGACCCCCACCUGGCAGAAGGCAAGCUGCUUUUCCCGUUUCUUUGAGGGUUUUUUUCUUUCCUAGUCUAGUUCUCACUGCCUUACUUAAAUCGAAUUGAUGAACUUAAUGCAACUGUUUCUUAUGAUCCUCGGUAAAGGAUUGAAAUGUAAUUGAAGACUUUCUGACUGUAGUAAGCUUUAGGAUUUAAACUGCACUACCGUGUUUGGUGACUGUGUUUCGGUCGCUUGCUUUUCGUGUGUUUGCGCCGCCUUCAGUAUCUUAGUGAGGAAAAAAAAGAGGAAAAAAAAGAUCCCACAUUCCAUUUUCUUGCACUUUUGGAGCUCUUUUCAGUAUUCUUUUGUGUCUUCUGAGCAUUUUCAGAUGCGACAGGCAAUAAUUCCGUUUGUGACACUGGAAACUUCUCCCCCGUUCUUUGUGAUGUGUGUGUUGAAUCCAUUUUGGUCUGGUGCUACAGUCCCUCUCUUUUGCCUCUCUGACAUCCACCCUUAUUUUCCCCCCCAGAACAUUUGUAACUUGGAAUACAAACAAGUGACAGGAGCAGUGAAACAUUGUCAGUUUCUGAAUAUCAUCGUGCUUCUCAUAUCUAAACAUGUCAAGUUUUUUCUCUGUAACUUCUGUAGUCUGUGAUAUUGGUCAAAAUACUGUCUACAUUCCUACACAAAAGGAAAAAAAAACCUAUCUUGGAGAAAAUCUGAGAUCAAUAGAGUAGAGGAUUUUGUUGCUAUGCUUGUAACGAUUAGGAAAAAACUUUGUAUUUAAAAGUUUAUUCUUGGUCAUUAUUUAUUAUUAUAAUACAUCAGUUGACAGAACUUUAUUCUGGUAUAGAAGUAUUAAAGUUGUUUCCCUCCCGAGCAAA